CUGUCCGUGAUUUUCCUUCUCCGAUUCGGAAACAGGAAGUGAGUUUGUUGUCAGCAACUGUUGCUGUGUUGUCAGCUUUUUGGUCGUUUUCUCACUUUACGUGUCUCACAUUUUGGACCAGUCUCCUUCCGUUCGUCUUUUUAAAGGAUUAAAAAUCUCCAGAGUCACGGGUUUUGUAAAAAGACUCCAGCUUGUUGUUGUUUCAGGGACUCUUGUUGUGUGGCUGCCUUCCGGCCGGAGGCUGCGGGAGCGGGAAGUUUGAAAAGUGAAGCCGCCGAGGCUGACCGGCUGCUCCGCCGUGAGCACUGACGCUGCCCGCUGGGUUUGCUGGGUUUGCUGGGUUUAGCGUUGGCAUUCGCCCUGCAGCGUUAUGGCUCGUGCGGUGCUGUUGGAUUCGUCAGGUGAAAUUCACCUGGAGGAGCAGUCCACCUGCAGCUCGGACACCGGGGACAUUUUGAUCCGCUCCACCGGAGUGUUUCUGCCGGACCGGAGACAUGAAGCUGGACCCGGACCCGGAGGUGGAGCACCUGUUCCCGGCACGGUGCAGGUGACCGUCCGGAGGCUCGCAGAAGCCCCGCCCCAGCGGACCCCCAGAACGGAGCCGCAGCGGCGGCCGCCCGUCAGACCCAAGCCGGACUCGGCCUCUGCUGUCCGGGCAGCUGCAGCCGCUCCGCCCGGAAACAGAGACAGACGGAGCAAAGAGAACAGAGAGCCAGCAGGAAGCGAAGUGGGCCGAGCCGGGCGGCCGAUCCCGGCCAGGAGGCCUCCUGCUGGGCCGCAGCGCCGCCGGAGUGAGAGCCCCACCACAACCUGCAGAGAGACAGAAAGACACAGUGCAGAUCACGACCUUCUGAUCUCACGUUUCGCCGCCGGAGGUCGAGGAGCCGGGCUGGCAGCUCUGAAACACAGGUCUAACAGUGCCCCCCACAGGAGGGAGGUGAAGGUGCAGCUGCUGGCCCCUGGGCCAGUCCAGGCUCUGGUGUCACCCCCGGGUGUUCAGGCUCCGGUGUGGCUGCCGGGUGUAGAAGCUCCAGUUCAGGCUCCGGUCCAGGCUCUGGUGUUGCCCCCGGGUGUCCAGGCUCCGGUGUGGCCGCUGGGUGUCCAGGCUCCGGUUCAGGCUCCGGUCCAGGCUCCGGUUCAGGCUCCGGUUCAGGCUCCGGUCCAGGCUCCGGUCCAGGCUCCGGUCCAGGCUCCGGUGUGGCCGCUGGGUGUCCAGGCUCCGGUCCAGGCUCCGGUCCAGGCUCCGGUCCAGGCUCCGGUGUGGCCGCCGGGUGUCCAGGUGGAGUCCGGGCUGAGCUCAGGUCAGCUGGGUGAGGCUGCCAACACAGCAGCUGCUGUCACUGCUGCUGCUGUGGCUGCUGCUGCUCCUCUCAUCAAGGCUCAGACAGACUUGGAGCUGCGAGUGUCUCAGUUGGCUGAAGGAGUGAACCAGCUGCUGCAGGACGACAGGGAGGGAGGAGGCGGGAGGCGGAGCCUGAGCCAACAGACACUACACAACCUGCAGACCAUCCACAACCAGCAGCUUCACCUGCAGAGCCAGCUGCUGGGAUCGGCCCUCAGAUUGGUGACCUCUGUGACCUCUGACUCUGUGGUGACCUCUAACCUCUCAGCUCCAGGAGGCGCCGUGGAGUCGAACCGGCGACCCGCUGCCCUCCACGUCACUCACCUGGAGGAAGCAGGGCCGCCCGCAGUGCAGCAGAGAGAGCGAGGACCCAGGGGGAGUGGCCUGGAGGACCAGGGCCCCCGGAGCAGCUCAGGCUCCUCCCACCGGGCCAGAGCGGGGACGGCGCCGCCUCCCAGGAGCGGCGGAGGCUCCGGGCCAGGAAACAGCAGACAGCUUGUCCUCGUCAACCCGUGUAGCUCAGCAACCAGACGUGCUACCAUGGAGACUGAAAGUGUUGCCAUAACAACACCCAGCCAUGACCAACGGCCAGAGCAAACCAGGGAUGACCCGCAUUGCCCAGGUGUUCCCAGCGUUUCCACGACAACCCAGCCACUUACAGGAAGUGACUUGCAGGCCUCAGCCAAUGACAGCGAGGCCUCGGCGAGGAGAGCCAGAGAGCUUCUGAGGGAGAUGAGACGCCUGAAGACCGAGAUGCAGAGCCUGCUGAUGACAGAAGAGACGCUGCAAACCUCCUGCACUGCUGCACCAGUCCAGUUCCAACAAACACUAAACCAGCCCCUUCGCCUCCAGUCCAACCAAACUGCAUCCCAGCAGACAGCAGCCCAAACCCAGCACCCCCCGUCCCAGCCCCCGUCCCAGCCCCAGUCCCAGUCCCAGUCCCAGUCCCAGUCCCAGUCCCAGUCCCAGUCCCAGCCCCAGCUCCAGUCCCAGCCCCCGUCCCAGCUCCAGUCCCAGCCCCAGUCCCAGCCCCAGCUCCAGUCCCAGCCCCAGCCCCCGUCCCACCAGUCCCAGUCCCAGUCCCAGUCCCAGCCCCAGUCCCAGCCCCAGCUCCAGUCCCAGCCCCAGCCUCAGUCUCAGUCUCAGUCUCAGUCCCAGUCCCAGUCCCAGUCCCAGUCCCAGCCCCAGUCCCAGUCCCAGUCCCAGUCCCAGUCCCAGUCCCAGUCCCAGAGGAGGCCUGUGGUUCCAUCCGUCCUGGAGGAGGCUGGUGUGGUUCUCCGGCGGGUGCGCAGACAGAGGAAGGUUCUGGAGGAGAACCUGCAGUGUGUGGAGAGAGCCCGAGCGGGGGAGCUGCUGCACCUGCAGCUGGACGCGCUGGCAGCUAACAGAGACUGCAGGGAGGAGGUCCGCGUCAGGAAGACGGUGGACGCCUGGAUCAGCGUGGUGACCCGGGACGUCCAGGCUGAGCUGGCCUCAGCAGACUCUGUCAGGUCCAAAGCUGUAGAGGUUUCUCUGGACGGAGGCGCUGCGUCCGGCAGCAGGACCACCACCAGGAGGCCACUGAGCAUGCUCAGUGGAGCAGGAAGUAAGCUAAGGAUGAGAGGAGGCAGGGGACCGACAGGAGGACAGACAGGAGGACAGACAGGAGGACAGACAGGAGGACAGACAGCUGGACAGCGAGCGGAGCCGCGAGCAGAGCCCGGGGCCGGAGAGAGAGACAGGCAGGCAGACAGACGUGCAGAUAGACGGGUGGACAGACAGGUUGGGCAGGAUGAGUCGUACCUGCAGCGUCUGUACGGCAGGGCUCUGCACGACGGACGCAGACAGACGCUGAAGAAGAGUCCAUACCUGCGCUUCAGCUCGCCGGCGUCGCCCCGGAGCAAAGCGCCCCGCCCCCGCCUGGUGGAGAGCGCCAGAGGUGUGAAGCUGAAAUCCUGUAAGACUCAGACGAGCUUAGCUCCGCCCCUCGACCUGUACCCGGGACAGCCACCUCACUACGUCUUUGACUCCUCCCACAUGACCUCCAGUUACCCCGGUGACCUCCCGGCGACCCCCACAGAUGAUCAUGCAGCCCCUGUUGCCAUGGCGAUCCCACUUGCUCCGCCCAGAGUCUCCUCCUCCUCCCGGGUUCUCCUCACUCAGUGUCCACAGGAGGUGACCACGCCCCCUCCACCACCUGCUGCCACCAGCCAGGCUGCCAGGGAGGCCACGCCCCCUCCACCACCUGCUGCCACCAGCCAGGUUGCCAGGGAGGCCACGCCCCCUCCACCACCUGCUGCCACCAGCCAGGCUGCCAGGGAGGCCACGCCCCCUCCACCACCUCCGGCCACCAGCCAGGCUGCCAGGGAGGCCACGCCCCCGCAGGCCCAGACUGUGCACAUCGCAGACACUCAGACUGAGGAGGAGGAGGAGGAGGAAGAUGGGCUCUUCCCUGGAACUCACUUCCUGUCUGUCGCUGACAUCGUCCAGGAGGAGGUCAGUGAUGCAGUGGAUGAAGCGGUGCAGGUGGACGGAGGUCCCUCUCCUCCUCCUGUCCUGUACCAGGGUCCGGUCUUCCCUCCCCAGGCCGGCGCUGCCCUGCCUGCCCAGGACCGAGCCUCCGAGCCGGGCCUCCUCCAGCAGAGAGACUCCCUGGAGACCCGGCUGUUGGACUGGGUGGAGCAGCAGGUCAUGUUCAGGAUGAUCUCACAGAUGUACCGCCCCCCGGCCCCCGACCCCACCCAGAACGAGUCCACCGACCAAUCAGCGGCUGAGGAGCGGAGCGACAGCUCAGAUGCUGUAGAUGCAGUGGGAGGGGGGGGUCUCCAGCACAGUACCGAUGGUAAGGAGCUGGUGGACUCGGCGUCAUUGCGGCAGCUGGUUAAUGAGGUUCUGGCAGAGAUCGUGGCUGAGAUGCUGCGGCAGAGAGACCCAGCAGAACCAGAACCAGAACCAGAACCAGAGGAACCAGCACAUCAGCAGGAUCAGCUGCUGUCCACUCCACAACCCACCCCCCCACCCAGCCCGGCCCCGCCCAGCCCACAGGCCCCGCCCCUCUCUACACCCCCGCCUUCUGACCCGCCCAGCCUGAACAUGGAGUCUCCUCAGCCAAUCAGAGCCACAGAGCCUGUAGCCACGCCCACUUUGACCCCAGAACCUGCCAGUCUUCAUCCGGCUCCGCCCUCUCCGGGCAGAGGAGAGUCUGAGCUGCCAUUGGCUGUGGAGAGACCAGAACACAGCCAGGACACACACACACAGCCGCUGCUGAACUCAGCAGCUCCUCCUCCUCCCGCCCUCCCCCCGCCCCAGCCUCGCUCCCCGACCCCGUCGCCCCGCCCUCAGCCCCAGACUCCGCCCCCCGCCAGCUCCUCAGACGACAGCAGCAGCAGCAGCAGCAGCAGCAGCAGCAGCAGCGUGACGGCAGCGACGGACACGGCGCUGAAACACAUCUCAGAGGGAGAACUCCUGCUCAGCCCCAGCCGGCUGGACGCCACCACAGGCUCGGAGGAGGACACUCUGUGUGCUGCAGGUGUCAGCAGUGUCUCCAGCUCCCUGCAGGACACGGACUUUGACCCUCCCAGUGAGGGUCAGGUCAAAGGUCACAACCCCCUACUGACCCUUCUGACCAGGAUGGACCAAGGAGUCACACACACACACACCCAGGGCUCCUGGAGGGAGGAGGAGGAGGUGGAGGAGGAGGAGGGGGAGGUGAGUGUGGGGGAGGUGACAGGAGACAGGACUACAAAUCCCAGAAGCUCCGCUGCAAAGACAGCAACAUGUACGGCAGCCCAGCAGGACCAAACCUCUCCUGGACAGAUCUGUCAAGCAGAGCAGCAGGCCAGCUGCAGGAGGGUGGACGUCCGCCUGCCGCCUGUCAGCCGGGGGGAGCAGGAGGAGGAGGAGCAGGAGGAGGAGCAGGAGGAGCAGGAGCAGCAGGAGGAGCAGGAGCUGAUGGAGGAGGCAGGGAGUCCAGCAGGAGCAGCAGACAGCGACUCCUCUGCCAACGACGUUUUCUAAAGGAGACACUAAAGCUGCAGUCUGACUUACACUGUUUCCCAUGAUGCCGCAGUGUGGCGGCGUGCGCAGGAUGAUGUCACUCUUUGAUGAUGUCACGCUGAUGAUGUCACUCUCUGAUGAUGUCACUCUGUCUGUCAGCAGCGACUCUCAGCUGAGCUCUGAGUUUGAGUGAAAUGCUCCUUUAUGAUCUGAGCCUCAUGAUCUGGUCGGACACACACACACACACACACACACACACACACACACACACACACACCCUGUGGAGGUGCUGCGUGUUACUAUCACUGUGUACUCAUAGUAUUUGUAGUACUUGUGGUACACAAGUUGAUAUUGAAGUGAAGCUGCUUUGAAAGUUUGUAACUGAACUCUGUUUGAAUAAAGUUUUUUUUC